UGGGGGUGUAAAAAUAUCUCGAUCAGGGGUUUUGGUAUACGACAUGUGUGUGUUGUUCUAGUGGCGUGCAGAAAGAAAUAACGAGUAGCACAAAACUUUUUUUUGUGUUGAAUACAGUGAAUUGAAGUGUGUUAUAGUUGAGCUUUGACAACUGUCUUGCUAUGGCUUCAAAAGGUGGACCAAUCGCUCUUGGCACGGAUGGAGCUGAUUUUGUGCAUCGACAGCGUGUAGCAGCACAGUAUCAGAUUAGUGCUCUAAAUAAAUCACGGCUUAAAUACUGCAUAUUUUUUCACUACUUAUUAUUCUUUGCGAUGCUUGCAAAACUGUCUGCAGAUAUUCUGGAUCGCUUGGAUAUAUUCAUUUUAGAAAUAGAAGAACUUCAGAUCCCAGAGCCGCUCUGGUGGGAGUAUAUCUGGUGCAUUAGUCUGCUCCUGUCAUUUCUUGGAUUGGCAGCUGUACGCAAGAACCGGAUAAAAACCAUGAAACAAUAUAUGAUGGGAAUAAUUCUAUUUGGAUUUGGCCCACUUAUGUAUGCAGCAGUGUUCUAUUUCACUGAGGUGUUGGAAUACCUCAGUGAUGGUGAAACUGAGGAAAUUCAGAUGUGGCAAGGAUACCCCUAUGCACUACUGUGGUAUGGAUUCAUCUUACUAGCUGUCCAAGUCCAUUUCUUUUCCUUGUACUUUGCAUGGAAUCUUGUAACUGCUUGGAAAGCCAGAGGAACAAAAAAAGUUGACUGAAAGUGCAUUUUUUAAUAAUUUCAUGUAUUCAGUUUUGUUAAUGAUGCCCCUCUGACAAUUCAUUGGUUUUUUUCUUUUUUAAAAAACAUUUUGUUCACUAUACCAGUAUUUUAAUUCACAAGUUGCAGAUGGAUGCAUACAAUAAUGUAACAUGCAGAACAGGCUUGUAUUUAAUGUCAGUGUGUUAAUACUGCAUAAACAAACUGAUUAUUUCAUGAACCUA